UCUGUCGUCAUCCCGUCACCAGACCUCCGCCCGUCCCCCCUCCAGUCUCAGUGCUCUGAGGAGUCCUGCCCAGACCUGGAGUGCGCCAUCUGCUUCAGCCAGUUCAACAACAUCUUCCGCUGUCCCAAGAUGCUUCAGUGCAAGCAUACGUUCUGCCUGGAGUGCCUGGCACGCAUCAACGUCAAGUCGGCUCACCCCAACACCAUCCAGUGCCCGCUGUGCCGUGGACUCACACCGCUGCCUGCCCUCGGGCUGCCCAGACUGGCCACGGACUCAGACGUGCUGUCUUACCUGCCGGCCGCCAUGCAGAGAGUCUACAGCAUCCGCUUCAUCCGCAACAAAGGGAAGCUGCAGGUCAAAAGGUCAGCUGAAGGUCGUCAGAGGUCGCUGGCAUCUCUGAGGUCAGUGAACCGAUCUCUAGACGUGGGGCUUCCCAGCCCGCCCGCUGGGGGUCGCGCUGAGGCGAGCGGCGUGGGCGGAGCUCUAUUCAGACUGACUGGCCGGCCGGCGUGCCGAGCCUUCCUCCUGAUGUCUGUGGUAUUGAUGAUGGUGCUGCUGAUGGGCAUCAUCAUCUUCCUCCUCACCUACAAACAUCCGUGAGUGACAUCACAUCCUGUCUUCCUCCUGCUUUUUAUUUCUCUGAUGGAAAAACGCAUCGAACAGUGAAAUUCCAGUUUUGUCUGAAUCCAGUUAAUGAGCAACAUCUGUUUAAAAGAUGAAAACUGAUCCAGAUGUGCAAUAAAACCCAUCGUUUCCAGGCUGCUGUGCAACAAGCGGCAUUUAACUCGCUGAUGCAUCCAAAGCCAAGACACAGAGGAGGAGCUGCACUUAACAAAACACCCACACCUGAGCAGUGGGCUUUCAUCUGCUUCAUAACAUUUAACUUGUGCAAACAUUUCAGAUAAUGACGUAGAUUCGGUCAGGCUUCUUGCUUAUUUUAGGUUCAUUCCUCAAAAUUAAAGUACGCAAUGACAAUCAUGUAAGAGCGGCGGUGGGAAAGUGUCGGGGAAACUGAGAAGCAGUGGACUUGAAUCUGCAGUACUUGUGCCAAAAUCUUUAAAUGAUUAGCUAUCCGUUUUCAGGUGGAACUUCCUGCUCAGUUUUAUUGGCUCAAGUCACAAAAUGGCGGUCAGGUAACAGAGGAGGAGUGAACUUUAAUCUGCCUCACAGGACAGCAGAGCUGCAGUUAAUCACCUCAGGUUUGAGGGGAAAAAACAUAAACCACUCCUCAAGGUUUUGAAUGUCAGGUUACAAAUGGCAGGCUGGUAAUACAAGAUGCUGAAGUUCACUUGAUGGCAAAGAAGAUAAGUGAUGCUUUACAAAAAAUAGAUUGAGGUUUAUUAUAUGAACAACAGGCCAAGGUGCAGCUGCAGAUCAACUGAAACAUGAAUCUACUGUCACUGACCUGGAAUAAGGCCUGUGACCUGCCUGUAGUUUUGUUCCCCCUCACUCCAAACAUGACAUUAUGUAAACUUGUCACCAGGUGGCGCCUUCUCCUUCAUAUUCCCCUGUUUGUACUUGUUCUGGCAGCUUUCAGCACUUUAAAAAGAACCCAGCCACUGAAUGUUUACAUGCGUGUGUGUGUGUGUGUGUGUGUGUGUGUGUGUGUAUUAUGUCUUUACCUGCUUGUUUAUGUUAGUCUAUUUCCUGUUGUUGGAGCUGCAGCUCUGCCCCCGGCCUUAACCAAACGUUGUAAACCAAAGCCAUGCAAAUGACUUGAGUUACAGAUCUGCCGCAGCCAGCUGAGCAGAGGUCAGUGGAUUUUCAUAGAUGCUGAAACAUUAUGUGGAGGUGGCUUUGUUACAAAGACGAUGUAACUGAUCACAAGGAUUAGUUCAGCCAAAUUACAAAAGGAACGUUUCCACUAAAUGCAGAUGGCUUUGGUUUUAUUUUUAUUAACAAUGGAGAUAAAUAGACUUGUUUGGUGUUAAAAACAUCACAUCUUCCCAGAAAUGGCAUCUUAUUCCUGUGGCUAAAUCUAGUUUUUCAAUACUGUGACCAACCCCAAACAAAUUAAAUUAUCCUGCAUCGUAUCGAUGGUGGAGGCAGAGGUCUGACACACAUCUGAAAACCUGGACGAAUAAAACCAAAACUAUCUGCAUGUAUUUGUUUGUUUUGUUUUUUUUCUUUUGGUAGUUGUUGAAUUGACCCUUUUUUAUUGUCUGUGGUUGAAAUCAUCAAUAGGGAGUCAUGUACCUGAAAUAAGCUCUUAAAUUGUGAAAGUUUAGGGAAUAAUUUGUGACUUAAGAGUUCAGCCUGCCAGCUGGUCUGUUACACCCUGCUGGAGGCUGGGAGUUGUGGGACAGUUGUCCAGUGCUGCACUGGUUUAAGCACAGAACAGAAUCCUGUCCAAUUAUAAACUUGAUUGGUCAGUUAAAACAUAACUAAGACCAUGGCGACGCAUGUUAUAUUUAAAAUCGUACAUUUCUUAAUGUGCUCAGCUGAAAAUGAGAGAAUUGCAAACUUGCAAAUCAAACUCGACCUGAAAUGAGUAACUACCUUCACUGUGCUGUCCCAGAAAUUCCUACAUAUGGAUUUUAAAAGUUACUUAACUUACAGAUAUGUAUGUGAUGGUUAGGGACUGAGAGGGGAAAAAUACAUUUUAAUGGGUUUUUUUUCCUGUUGUGUACAGUUUUUAUGCUCAAUAUAAAAUAAAUAAUUUUAUAUAUAUAUUUUUUUUAUAACUGUUUUAGCAAAGCUUGCACUGUUGCCAUGUUUGCCCUGAGUUAUACU